GCGCGGCGUUCCGUUGCGGGAACGGCGGCCUCUUCGUUUCCCGCGGGACGGCAUCGUCGGCACCGCCGUGGACUGCCCGCCGAUCGUUAAUCCUGCGUACGAGCGGGGCCGUCGUCUGCUGCGGUGCGGAGUCGCCGACGGCUGCGCGAGACUCGCCACUCACCCCCGGGGGUGGAUUGACGAGGGAGGAAAAGAGAGAGAGAGAGAGACGACGACGAAAUGAGUCGCGCCCGGCGCUACUAAGUGAGCGCGCGAUGUGCCCGACGCGUCGCCGCCGUUGUGGGGAUGGAGGCCGAGGUCCGGCUGCCCCGUAGACGCGUUCGAUCGAGUCCGUUGCGUAUCCCGCCACGCGAACGACGAGAGUCCCGCGAGCGCGCGACCCGCCAGUGAGACGCGAGGCGCGCGCCGAUUGUCCGGCCGAGGGCGAGAUGGACCGACGAGACGUGUACGCGGGGACGCGCGAGAUCCCCGAGGCUCGACGACUCCGUCAGCCGCGCGGCCACCGCUCGACGUAGCUCGUAAAGCCCGAGUGCGGAGAGGGUCCUUCCCGGUGGGUCGUCCCCCUCGCGGGGGUAAGAGGGAGAACGCGCUCGAUUCUAGUCAUUCUAGUCCGCGGAGUAUCGCCCCGUCGAUGCCCGCCCGAGUGCGAUUACCCGGUAUCACCAUGGAUAUCCUCCCGCAUGACUGAACGUUCGACUUAACACGGAGAGGCCGGGGGGGGGGCCACUCGUGCCGCAACGGCACAUUAUGCUCGUGUACAUUCGCGGGACGCGUCGCGCUUGAGCCCCGCGGAAAUUACAUGCCACGCUCUGACAGUCGGUGAAGUGCGAGCGGAUAUUUCUGAAGCGCCGAGACGCCUCGGAUAUUGAAUGUACUUCACUUCGUACGGAUCGCGCACGUAAACCCGUACCUCUCCUAUUUCGCCGAGAGCCGAUCGUUCUCUAAAACUAGUUUUUUUUUCUACGAUACACCUCGCGACGCGCAAACACAUCGCGAAUAGAGUAAGAGAGAAUUUCCCUCGUAAGCAGUAGAGAGAGAGAAAGAGAGACGCGUAGAAAUUGUUGAUCUCCGAGGAGAAAGAGGGUUGUCGCUCGCUGAUUCUUGACGCUUGAUGCACCAUCCGCGAGUAUUAUGGAGCAGAGCGAGGGGAACGACGUGUCCGGCGUCUCGAACAAGGUAGAGGUCUCCCCGAAGUCGAAGCAGAAGAAAAAGUCCCUCUGCCGCAUGCUGAUGAACAAGAAGACCAAGGUCGGCUGCCUGGAGUCCUCGUACAGGGACGGGGACUCGAACAGGAACUCCAAGAUCGAGAACUCGCAGCACGGCUCGCAGACCAGCACCAAGCUGUCCCUGUGCUGCGCCAUGACCGAGCGUAGCAGGACGCCACCGCAGAGCCUGACCGUCAGCCGGCUCUCCCCGACGUUGAGCCGCACCUCGGUCAAGUCCGAGAUAGCCUCCAUCAAUGAGGACGACCGCCGCGCGGACGUGCUGGUCGAGAGGGCAGAGAGUCCGCCCGUCGCGGACGAUCUGGCUCGGGCGGUCCAGGAGACCACCGUGGUACGAAGGAGUAACGUGGCGGUGGGCAGGGAGCGUCCUAGUACUUACGUGGAAGACUCGACGGAAGACUCAUUCGAAGAAACUUCAGAAGACGAGAACGAACGUCUGAUUGAGUCUGAGAAAGCUCGAGUAUACAGUAAGGAUGAGUACUUUACAAAGGGGAAAUAUAUCACGUAUUUCUUCCUGGAAAUGGAACGGCAAUUCUCCAAUCCUACCGAUGUUUACAGUAUGGUUCAGUAUCAUGAUAGCUGCUUAGAAAAGCCAGAGAAAGAAGGUGAAAACUCCUCUUCCGGAUCGCUGUCGCCGAGUAUAUCGGGACAAUUACGUCGUAGAUUGCUUCACAGGAGAUCCGCGGAUAACUUGAUCGUGAACUCACCUACAAACUCUAUGAGACACUCUAGUCCGGACUCUAUUAGAAGUGCACCGAUCCAGCAUAAGCCACGGUCAACGUCCCACGAUGCUCUGUCGAAACAGAAAGACCGUUACUUUUGUACAGGAGCGUCUAUGGAUAGCUUAGCAAAGCAAUCGUUACUUGCUGCACAAGUGCUUAAUUUAAUUCCUACUCAAAAGGCACGGGAAAGGAACUUUCUUCACGGAAGAAUCGCCGCCAAUUCCUUGCUCGGGUCAGUGGAGCUUGAGAAAGUGUUGCCUAAUCGGGAAUUGAAAAUUUUUAUUGGAACGUGGAACAUGAACGGCCAGGUUCCGCCGAAGGAGCUGAACGAUUUUAUGUUGCCGUGCGACAUAGAGACCGUUCCCGAUUUGUUAGCUAUAGGAACUCAAGAGUCGUGUUCCGAACGUAACGAGUGGGAAGCCGCUCUGCAGGAGACCCUCGGCCCUUCGCACGUGCUGUUGACCAGCAGUAAUCUCGGUACGCUUCACCUCGCAUUAUUUAUAAGACGGGACCUGAUUUGGUUCUGCUCCAUCCCGGAGGAGGACAGCUUCUCGACGAGAACCGGAACGGCGUUCAGAACGAAGGGCGCGGUGGCGAUAGCUCUCAUGAUAUUCGGCACCAGCUUUCUCUUCGUCACCGCACACUUGACCGCGCAUCAAGAUAAGGUAAAAGAACGGGUCAACGAUAUCAAGAGAAUCGUUAGAAACCUUGAGCUACCCAAAGAGCUACCCACCAGGCACAAGAGCAAAGAUGUCACGCAAAAUUUCGAUUGCGUGUUUUGGUGCGGUGAUCUGAACUUCCGUCUGUCUCAGCCGAGGGAGGAGGUGAUUCAGUGGAUCACGAAUACGUGUUUUCCGCAAGAAUCGCCGAUAAACAUGCACAAAGAUCAAUUGAAAAGUAUCCUAAACGAGGGCGCGGUGUUGCGCGGUUUCGAAGAAGCCGCGAUCAUGUUCCCUCCCACCUACAAGUACGAUCCGGGAACGCAGAAUUUUGAUUCCAGCAGCAAGCAACGCACGCCCGCGUACACCGACAGGAUUCUCUUCAAGGGGAAAAGCCACACCAGAGGAUACAUCAGGCGCGUCAGCCACGAGGUUUCUAAUUCGCAUAAGGACGGGGUCAUAGAGUGCUUGGUGUACGAUUCCGUUCCGGGUAUUUGCACCUCAGAUCACAAGCCGGUCUGGGGAGUUUUUAAAACCACGUUGAGGCCGGGUAUCGACACAAUUCCGCUUGGUGCUGGACUUUUCAAUCGCGAGGUGUAUUUGGAAGGUAUCAGAAGGCGUGCGGCGGCGAUGGACGAUUCUCUGGGAACUUCAAAAGUUUGUUCGAUCCAGUAAAGAAAUUCGAGGCCACCGCGAGCGUAUUCGCGGGAUGGGUAAUGUAUUCAUAGAUGGAGAUUUGUUUUUAUUUUUUUUUUUAGUCAGGCAGAAAUAUGAAAGAAUGAUCGCUUUGUAUCGUUCUUGCGACAGAUGCCACGUUUCUUUUGUACGAUUUAUGUACUUGCUAAGUCUGUCCAUUUUUUAUAGCGGUGACGGGAAACACUUUUCUAGUAAGAUUUGUAUAAUAGACUACAAUUACCAGUGAACACCGUAAAGAUCUAGUCAAGCCGUGGAAUAAAUCGCUCGUUUAGUGAAAGAAGACUUAUUGUUAGAUGAGGCUAACUAAAGAUUUUAUAAAUGUAUCGUCGGUAAGUCCCCGACAUUCGUAUUGUGCCACACACAUUAGGUAAAAUGUUAUUUGGCUUUACGUGGCUGACAUUAAAAUGUUACAAAGGUAACGUUCUUUUUGUAACACUGCGAGUUUUGUUAGAGAAAUUUUUUAUAGCAACUCUGCAGUGUCUAUCAAAAACUGUAACUUGACUAAUGUAUCUCAAACAUUUUUUUAAAUUGCAAAAAUUUACAUAGUAUUCUAAAAUAAUUUCCUAAAUAUUAGGAAUUUAUUUCUAAUUUGCUGCUACCAAUGAAAUAUAUAGCAAUCGACAGGCCGAAUUUCUUACGAGACGAAUAAUCUAGCUUUUAUGUUUAACUUAGACGUAAUACAAAUUAUAGACCAAACUGUCGGGCCAAUACGAUAGAGAAUUAACAGUCACAGGAUAGAUACUUUCGUUUAUUAAUUGAUUAUAUUCUUAUUUAUUGGGACCACCCAUUGUGUCAAGUCUUAAAAAAAGUUUUAAUACGGUAGAACAUAUCUUUCCUUGAGCGUUAUAGGUACGUGUAAUAACUACAUUAGCAACUAAAUAGCAUUGUCGUUUUAAAUAGUGUUGUGUUGUCAGUUUUAAAUAGUCUAUAGCGUUAAAAGAUAAUACUCCUUGAUAACAGGAGAUGCCCUACUUCUACUUUGUUGUAGGUAUUGAUAAUAAUGGCAAAUCAUGGCUAAUUAUAAAACCCCAAACUCAAUAUUGUUACACAAUAAUGAUGUAUGCACAAGUAAGGUGUCUAUACCAGUAUUAGAGCUAACGUUUGCUAUGCUAACAAUACUUUACUAAACAGCAUAAAUGUAUGAUAUGUGAUAAAAGUUGUAGUCACAUUAUAUAAUUUUUAAAUCAUUAAUUGUGAACUUCUAUUUACACUAUUUAUUUUAGCUAUAAAUAUUGAAAGUUUACACGAUUUCUUAAGUACAAAUGCAUAUGUUGCGAUUCAAUUACGAUUGUUAUGAUUUUGUUAUGUGUUCAUGAUGAAUUUGUUUUGUUGUUAUGUUUUGAUCGUCUUAUAUUUUACACUAUUUUCAAGAAAUUUAUAUCUAAUACAUAAAAUGGACACAAUAUGUCAUGUAUCUAGGGAGUGCUGUAUAUUCCUCUCUUCUCUCUAAUGUACUAAUUGGAAAAGAAGAACAGUAGCAAGGAAUGCUGCUCGACAAAAAAAGCAAUAUGCAAAUUAUUAACAAGAUAGUGUAAUUAUAUUUAUAUGUUACUGAGAUGAACUAUAUAUAAAAAUUGAGCUCCACGACAAAACAUUUGGAGUGGUGUCUAGUACGCUUAAAAAGUUCCAUUAAAUAUUAUAAAACGUGUAUAAAUGUUUAAUAGAGAAGAAAGUGCUUAUACCUAAUGAAAACGUAAAGUAUUAAAAAAAAGACAGAUAUAUGAUGUGCUACAUGUCUAGGCGAUAAGCGAUAUUGAACUGUAAGUAUCUUAAGGAAGCUGUGUGAUUCGAUGAUUUAUCGCUUGCGUCGUAAGGGCGUAAGGUGUAGUCUAUUAUUCGAUUACGAGCGAAACAUUCAAAAGGUCGCGACACAAUUGUGGAGUACGCGCGCUCCGAACAAAUAAUCAAAGAAUUAAUCUCAAAUUGGAAAGGUACUUCUAUGUGUCUUGAUAGAGGCAUUUCGUGUCAUGCAUCAAAAGUGCAUACUUCAGCGACUUGUGAUAACUUCUUCUUUGUAAUCGCGUAGACAGGUUGCCAAACGAGGUGCCUAAAAAAAACACACACAUCCUUUACUGUUUCUGAGUCUUCUACAAUGAAGCGAGACUAAAAAGAAAAAUAAAAUACUGUCGGGGUCAAGAUCUUUAAGUCUGCCGAGCAGGUUGCCUUAAUCAUGCCUUACUUAAAUCGUUACAUAUGUAAUUGUGUACUCUCGAUCUCUGUGCGCGUGCAAUUCUCUUGACAUUAUAUUUAAUUCAGAUCUCUCCGCUUCGAUUAGAGUCAAAAGAGAAAAGGCGGUGCAAUAAAUAAUCUAUGUUGCAGUCAUUUGAAUAAAAAUUCUCGGAAAGCGAACGUAUACUUCAGUAAAUGUAAUUUGGCCUGCGACAUGUUGAUUGUCUCAUCGAGAGCGAAAUGAAGCGGUGACCGAGUAUUGCGAAGCUCUUGUACGCAGCCGUGCACAACAUAGAUUAUUCAUCGCCUCUUGUAUUUAUAAUCAAUCUGAAACUUAUGGAUUUACUUCAAGUGAGCGUUUAAGUAAAAAUGGUUUGACGCAUGCACAGCAAGAUUCCUUCUUUGAAUAUUUUAUUCUUGUAGUGCGAUGCUCUGAAUAAUGCUACCUGCCCCUUUUAGAGCUAUCUUGAAACUCUUGUACUGUGAUACAUUUUCAAACGUGCGAGAUCCGGCAGUCGAAUCUGACGAUCUUCUCGCGUCAGUUUUAAAGGAGUGGGAAAAUCUAAAAUGACAAAAUGCGUUUUUACCGAUACGAAAAUCAGUUAGAAGUUUAUGCAAUAUAAUUGCCUUAUACUUUUCCUUGGAUAUAUAUUAGAGCACUUUUGUAUAAUUUAUUUUUCACAAACAUUUUAUUCGGCAUAAAACAAAGUAGUUUCGUAGAACAGUUCGUGUUUGAUGGACGCGUACAUUUGGCACUUUUUUAUUAAAAAAAAAAUUCCCCUUCCUCCUUCAUGUUUCACACUUUAGACUUUGCCUCUCCUUUACAAACCCGAAAAGAUAGUCGGAUCCCGUCGCCGGAUUUUGUACAUAGCGGUGUCCUGUUAUCGGAAUACAGCGUACAUCUAAUUAAAAAAAAAAACGAUUGCGGCUCGAAAGCGCACAGGUGACACGACGCAAAAAAUGAACAAGAUACACGAACUCUCUUUCAUCGCGCCGUGUACGAGGGGAUACACGAACGCGCCUGUCCGGACGAGAAUUGAAUUCUCGUGACGAUUGGUGAAUGACAGGAAAUUCUAUUUGAAUGUACUCUGACUAUUGUUCAGCAUGUGCUUGUACGUUUAAAUAAACAGUUCAAAUCCA